ACUUUAGGUGAGAUCUUCUAUCCCUUUUUCCCUCCAUUAAUUGCUUUCCAAAUCCAAACUCUUCCAUCUAUAAAUUCACUCAUCUCCAUCUCUCAUUCCAACAUCCUAACACCUCCAACCAAUCUCAUCACUACCAUUUCCCCUUAACCUAAAAAAUCAACAACAACAACAACGACAACAACAACAACAACAACAACAUGGCCUCCCAGCUCCCGAUCUUAGCCCUAGCACUCGUUGCAACCGCACUCCUCUCCCGAACCUCGGCCCAGAUCACCACCCCGUGCACGCCCUCCAUGAUCACGACGUUCACACCGUGCAUGAACUUCGUGACCAACAGCAGCCUCAGUGGGACCAGCCCCCCUGCAGAGUGCUGCAACUCACUCAAGUCCCUCAUGAGCAGUGGCAAGGACUGCCUCUGCCUAAUCGUCACCGGCAGCGUCCCCUUCAACGUCCCCCUCAACCGGACCCUCGCCAUCUCCCUGCCCCGCGCCUGCAACAUGCCCGGCGUCCCCCUCCAAUGCAAAGCCGAUGGUGCUCCGGUUCCAGCUCCAGCGCCCGCGGCCAGCGCCCCGUCUCUCUCCCCCAAUGCAGCCCCUUCUCCAAGUGUCUCAGGCCUAGCUCCACCGGAGGCAUUGUCUCCACAAGGCGAGGAGACUCCAGCUCCACCGGCUCCGGGCACUGCAGGUGACACGCCAACGAGCACCACGGGGAGCAGGGCUGGGGUGACGCCGUCUGCAGCCCAGCCUUCUUACCGGAUUUCGCCUCUGCAUUUGGUGGCUGUUCUUGCAGCCAUGGCAUUGAAGUACUAGUGAAAUGAGCUCUGCAAGAUUACUGCAUAUUCUUUUACAUAGUUGUGAUUGGAUUUGUGAGGGGAGAUGUGAUAUUUUUUAUGUUUAUUAUUUGUUUUUCUUGUUUGUAAUAUUUGAUGAUUGAGGAUUGGUAAUAUAAGAUUAUUGUUUGUUUCUUGAUA